AUGGCCAACAGGCGUCAGGCCCAAAUGAAGGGGCUUAGGCGAUGUUCUUAUUCACCCCAUGGAGCCUAUGCCCAAAGCAAACUUGCCCUUGUAUUGUUUACCUAUCGACUACAGCAUCUCAUGACAGCAGAUGGGAGCCAUGUGACUGCUAAUGUAGUGGACCCUGGAGUAGUGAACACCGAGCUCUAUAAAAAUGUCUGUUGGGCUACAAAAGUGGUGAAGUGGAUGACAACCUGGCUAUUUUUCAAGACUCCAGAGGAAGGAGCCUCUACAUCCAUCUAUGCAGCUGUCUCACCAGAGCUGGAAGGAGUUGGUGGCAUCUAUCUUUACAAUGAGCAAAGGACAAAAUCUACUGAUGUAUCGUAUGAUGAAGAGCUGCAGCGAAGGCUCUGGACUGAAAGCUGCAAGAUGACUAGGAUUUCUGAUGUAGGUUGCAGAGAUCUCUAAAAGUAGCCACUUCCAACUGGGUGAAUGAAAUGUGUCCAACAAG